GCUAGCUCUGGGUGUAAUGGCGUUCUCAGUGUGUUUACAGUGACAUGACGAGAUUUGGCCUUUUUUAUAAGAAACAAGAAGGAUUUUAUGCCUGUAGAAUUCUUAAAUAAGUGUUUUCCCCUUCUUUUUGUUUAAAAUAAAUUUUCAGCGAGGUGAUAAUUUCAUGCUAGCGACGCUAAGUGCAGUAAUUAGCCGAGGAUUAGCAGCUGAGCUAAAGGACUUUGCUGGAAUUGAUGUGUAACAUUAGUUAUUACAAACAACAGCAGUUAUAAUGCUUUAUUCACUCCUGUUCCGAGUUGGCAAACCAUCAUAUUGUGUACAGAUAUUAAACCGUGUCAAUGCUACACGUCCUUUAUCAACUUUGUAUCUGCAUAAUGCUGAUUUAAUUCGGUUAAAUGAACCUGCCAGGGCUCAGUGGGCUUGUGGACACCAUCAUAGUGUUUUAGCUCAACUGAGAAACGUUCAUAUAGGAGCUGAGUGCAGAAAUAAAGCUCAGGAUGAACAGAGAGAGAAAGAGAUAUCAGUGUCCACUAGUCAGCCAUCUUCUGGUCUCUCUGCUGCACAGAAAGUGAAGCAGGCUGGAAGAGAUUUCACGUAUCUGAUCGUGGUGCUUGUUGGACUUGGAGUUACAGGAGGCCUUCUAUAUGUCAUCUUCCAAGAACUGUUUUCGUCGUCAAGUCCGAGCAAAAUCUACAGCAAGGCCUUUAACAAAUGCAAGUCACACCCAGAGGUUAUUGGAGUUUUUGGUGAGCCCAUUAAAGGUUACGGAGAGACCACACGCCGUAGACGGAGACAGCACGUUAGUCAUGUUGAGUAUAUGAAAGACGGGCAGAAGCACAUGAGGCUGAAAUUCUAUAUCGAGGGUUCAGAGCCCGGACUGCGUGGCACCGUGCACUCAGAAUCACAAGAGAAUCCUGAAAGCGGAAUAUAUGAAUUCCGCUACAUAUUUGUGGAGGUAGAAACAUAUCCCAGGAGGACCAUCGUCAUCGAGGACAACAGAUAAGAACUUUCUGGAGAAUUUGUAAAUCAGUUUAUGGACACAACUGCUUCACUUGCAGCAUUGCCAAAGCUGUUGAAAGAUUAAUUUUACACAAAGCUAAAAUACUGAAAAACAAACUGAAUUAUGUGUAUUGUUUUCUCAUUCAGGUGCCAGAAUUCAGCUGGUUUCGCUUUAUGGUGCUUCUGUGAUCCGAUCACACUCAGCUACGUUUCAGCUGAUUCAAUUCAAUUAAAUGUAAGGAAUGAAUAGAAAUUUUGGGACACGUUUAGAAUCCAUUUUGGAUAACAAAUCGAUGUAUAGCACUUGUAGGACAUUUUGGUAAUAAAAUAAUGUGUGCAUUUGGA